AUGAGUAACAAACUACAGGAGUAUAAAGACACGAUAGAGAAAAACCUUAGGGACAAAACGAAACCAUGGACCAAGUUUUUCGACAUGGCUGAACAAAAAACCGGCCUGAAUAGAGUAUAUCUAUUCCUAGGAAUCGUCGCAUUCACCGGGUUAUAUUUAGUUUUUGGGUUUGGGGCUGAAUUGAUAUGUAACUCAAUCGGAUUCGUGUAUCCAGCGUAUAUGUCAAUGAAGGCUCUAGAGUCGCCUCAAAAAGAUGAUGACACCAAGUGGCUGACGUAUUGGGUGGUGUACGCAUGUUUCUCGAUUGUCGAGUACUUUUCCGACUUCAUUGUGGGCUGGUUUCCUCUCUACUGGUUAAUAAAGUGCAUCUUCGUCAUAUGGUGCUACUUGCCUUUUGACUACAAUGGCUCAUUGAUAAUUUACAACCGUAUCAUCCGUCCCUAUUACCAGAAACACCACAGUAAGAUCGACGAUAUCGCCACUUCCGACCCAUUGAAAAAGAUUAUUAAGGAUGCAAACAAGCAAAUAGAUAAGACACUCAAAGCCUUCAACAAAAAAAUUGACGAGCUGCACGACGAUUAG